UAGGAAAGAAGUUUACGAUGCAGAGGUGGGAUAGCUCAGUAUCGGCGGCUGGUUAGGUUGAGAAAGCGGGACCGCAGGCGUCGUCAUCAUACAACCGCAAUGUUUUGCACGAUUCACAGUGGGACAGAAUCUGAAAAACUCGGCCGAAACCUCGAAAAAAAAGUUGUAGAUAGACCGUUUUGCGCUAUAGAAUUUCGUAGAGAAGGUAUUUCUAUACACUAUAGCAAAAGGAACUAUAGCGUGGUUCUAUGGUAACAAAAAUACAGCAGUCGAAAGUUAACCUCUUCGCAGUGUCGUUUACACUGCAAAGCGUUAGCAAAAAGUUACAGUGCGAAAAAUUGUGACAGUUUUUUCAAAAGUAAGACAAUUUGAAUCUGACAAAAUGGAAAAUACUCCUAAAGAUUUGCAAAAGGAGAUCGUCGCUUGUACGAAAAGAGAUCUAUUUGAUACUCUUAAAGGUCAGAUGAAUGCAGAAUUGGACACUCAAAUUAAUAUCAUACAAAAUUAUCUAAACAAAAGUUCUGACAGCAGUUUUAUUAUUGAUCCAGACCAAGUUGUUAAUUUAAAGAAAACUUUAUCAAAAAUAAAAUCAAAAUGGAAGGAAUCCCACCGAAUAAUUAAAAGAUUUUUUACUACAAAUAAUGAUUGGUUAAAUGGAACAAUAAAUAUUGUGUGCUCUCGUGCGAUUCCUACGGAUGCGGAUGCAACUAAAGAAAAUAAAGGUGGUCGACCAGCAAGUAAUUUUGAGGAGUCCAGUGAUCGAUCGAAACGGCGUAAAACAACUAAAAUGCGCGAAGAUUUCACUGCAGAAGAAUUAUCGUAUGCUACUCAAAUGAGUCUCCGUUCAUCUGGAUCUGUAGACGCUGCUGCUGUUAUAAAAGAUAUUACAACAACAACGCCUACUAGAGCAUCACGAUAUAGAGCAGCUUUUAAAUCUUCUUUAACACAUCAGCCAAUUGAAAUGACUGGGGAUGAAGCACUUGUAGACAUUGUUGGAUCAAAAUUAACGAAGCAGAGCUACAUUGGUAUCCGGAGUUCAUUGACACGAAAAAAAUUUAAUGCCUACCCGUCUUACAGAAAAGUUGUGGAAGCAAAGUCUCGUUGUUAUCCAUCAGAUAUUACUGUCACCGAGACUUCAGCAGAAGUCAAAUUACAAAGUUUAUUAAACCAUACAUGCGAUCGACUGUUAAUGGUACAAAUGGACAUAUUAAACGCUUUAGAUUUUGGUAUUGUUAAAAAUCUUAGAUUAGUUUGUAAAUGGGGUUGUGAUGGUAGUUCAGGCCAGAGUGAAUAUAAGCAGCAGUUUUCUAGUCCUGAUAGUUCUGAUUCUCACAUGUUUUUAACUUCGUUGGUGCCGUUACGAAUUGUAGGCUUUGAUGAAAAUUUAAAAAAAGAUGUCAUUAUUUGGAAAAAACCCAAAACCCUCGUCAACCCGCUUUUGUAGGCCUAUAAGAAUUCAAUUUCAAAAAGAAACUGUUGAUU